AUGAUCUCCGACGCCUCCCUCUACUCCCUCGCCGUCUUCCUCGGCGCGGCCGCCAUGCUCCUCAUCGUCCUCUACCACUACCUCGAAAUCAACAGCGACGAGCACUCCGCGAAAAACUCCCCAGGAAAUCCUGGCUCCAUCAAGGAUUCCGUGCCGGCGGAUAAGAUCAAGGCGCAGGUUGUGCAGUAG